AUGGUAAAGGAGCCGCACGCUGAGGGUCAAAGCGAACAAAGAGGCGAAGGUCGAGUCACGGCUUCACGGCCGCCCGUGGACAAGUUAAAGAGUGGUGCUUUGGCCGCCAGCGAAAAGUUGCGAGCAUUGAAGCUCAAUGGAGCUUUGCUAGCCGACGAAACCGGAUUUGGCAAAACUGAACAAGCCCUUCUCGUGACCCUCAUUACCAGCAUGACAACAAAUUCCGACAGUGCUACUGCACUGAGUUUGGUUAUCCUUACCUCCCAUGAAACCAUGAUUCACCGUCAUGGGAAAAAGGAGGAGGAGAUCAUGGUACCCGUCCACAUGGAGUGCAUACCACCCAAACACGUGGGGCUUGUCAUCCUCGACGAGGCACAGAGCGAAGUCGGUGCCUGGUUGAGUAUCCGUCGUCAGUUUGGGGAUGCUGCGCGGCGCGAACGAGGCAAGAGACUCGAAGCUAUGUUUGGUCUAGAAAAGAACUUUGACACUGGUAUAUGA